CAACAACAAACCUCACUGCCUCACUGCCUCAUCAGCGUCUGGUUCUCCACCUUGAAGUUUGCUUCUUUCCGCCAAGGACGGCAGGCAUGACGGCAUCCAGGUAUCUGGGUAGCUGGGUACGGAGUACCUAGGUACUUCCACGUCUCGUCCGGAGUACUUACGCACAGUUUUGGAGGGGACCGUCUUGGCCAUUGCUCCUCCGUCGACGAAGGUGCAGGUGCAGCACGGGCGCAGCACGAGAAUUCGGCCUCUCGUCAGUCUUUUGAUGAAGCCGUCAUUGAGCGACCACGGCCAGGUCACUCGCCCACUUGUCCCAUGCACCACUCCCAGCCGCCCAGCAGGCUCGGAUCAGGCGCCUGAGCAAGGUCACCCUUCCCUCCGCCCUGAACCAGUCUAUGCGUCUGGGCGUACUGCCUCACCAAGAAAGGGCCGCUCCCAAACCCAUCAAGUCGCCCGCCGCCCGUCGUGGCAGCCGCUGUCAGGAACUAUCGCAUUUUGUUUCUCACGCACUAGUUGCCAAGGUUCUUAGAUCCCUCCGCCCUGGCCGUGGCCGAGUCACAAGCUUUCAGCGCAUGCACUGUCUGAGUCUUGACCAUGGCCCGCUGUUACUUCAAGCAUCAUCCAUCCAACACCUGCAGGAACUCUUCAGGCUCGGGUUCUCAUUGCCCAGGUCCGACCUCAAAUCUCUGACGGCCACAGCGCUUGGAGGGAGCCGUGGUCCGCAUGGCGGAUUCGGUGGACGGCCAUGCCACGGCAGCCCGUCUUCCUUUCUAUCCCUCUUACCAGGGUCAGGGACAUAACCACGACCGUUGCUAUGUUUGGAGGUCCCAGGAACAGACGUACAUGCGUCUUGAAUAAGCCCGGCACUUGAUGUCACUGCCUGAGUUACCAGUCCUAGCUCCCGCCCUGCCCGCAACUCGCCGCCAGCCACACCCUCCAUUUUUAACUAUGCCCAUGUGUGGUCCUACUGUACAAUUUCCCUUUCCUUACUUUAUCACCCCCCAGUGCUGCAUGACGGCUACCUCGUGAGGCCCGUACAUCAAAUCUUGCUCACACGACCAACGUUGUUGAAGAACCGCCCCUCCCCAUUGAGUUUUGGUCUCAGAUUUUCUCCUACCACCACCCUCUUCUGUCCAAACCGGGCCCUUACUCGCCUCCUAUCGGUGCCUCGUGCUACCCUGGGUCCGUAGUUCAUCCCACGAUAUCGAAAGCUAAGCGUAUAUAUUACUCGGGUUUCCCCCGCGGGGCUUAUGUAUCUCGUCUAUCCCUUGUUUUCACCAGUCUCCUAAGGAGAAACCCAGCGAGAGGCCUCUUGUACCGUCUCAUAGCCCUGCUGCUCACCACCAUCUCACACCCAUCACUACCGGCUUCGGGUAUCGUACACGAGAAAUGCGUCUGGUACAAUCUGCUGCCUCGGCGGCAGCUUUCUUGGGUGGUUUAUCGCAUGCAGUAGACUUCAGCCCUUCCAGACCACCAGCUUGGCCACUGGCUGUCAGAUCACCGUACCUUAGCACUUGGCUGGACGGGUCAUCUGCGGGCUUGCUCGCCGGACACUGGCCAACAUUUUGGGCCGGCCAAAUCACAGGAUGGCAAGGUUUCGUGGCUGUGGAUGGUGCUGUUUACAACUGGAUGGGGGCCGCCCCAGGCCCUGCUGUAGCCAAUCAGACGUCUGCAACAUACACGUCCACUAACACCGUCUUCACUUUCGACGUUGAGGGCAAAGUCACUCUGAAAGCCACUUUCUUGUCUCCAGUCUACCCAAACGACCUCCUCAAGCAAUCUCUGCAGCACUCGUAUGUGGACGUUACGGCGGUGUCUGCCGACGGGGCAUCACAUAGUGUUCAGGUCUACCUGGACACGUCCGGUGAGCUCGCUAGUGGCCGAGACGCCAGCCAGGCUAUCACGUGGGAUCACGGCACCAACGGCGGAGUCGAAUAUCACACGUUCCAACUUUCGAACCAGCGACAGUUCGUUGAACUCAGUGACCAGCCCGCAUGGGGACAGUGGUUCGUGUCCACGGCCGACGCGGACGGGGUUACGUGGAGAAUCGGCCAGGAUACGGCCGUGCGUGGCCAAUUUGUGAACAAUCACACACUUGACAAUACCAAGGACACAAAGUUCCGGGCCAUCAAUGUUGACUGGCCUGUGUUUGCCUUCUCCAAAGACCUAGGUGAUGUGGCCGGUACUGAGACCGGGGUUUUGUUCACAAUCGGGCUGUCUCAGGACUCCGUUGUGAAUUAUCAGGGCAAUUCACCUAGUGCAACGGCGCUCUCUGGGCUCUGGAAGUCAGCUUACAGCUCGGCCGAAGACGCAAUGGCGGCUUUCUACAACGACUACGCAUCAGCCCGGGCCGAGAUGACUGAGCUCGACAGCAAGAUCCAAACCGACACGUCUAAUGCCGGCGGCCAGAAUUACACCACUCUGACAACCCUGGGGGUGCGUCAGGUCUUUGGUGCUACCGUCCCCGCUCAAGGCACGCAAACCUAUCUGUUCCUGAAGGAGAUCAGCUCCAACGGAGACACUAAUACCGUCGAUGUCAUUUUCCCGGCAGCCCCUCUGCUCCUCUACCUGAACGAGACCCUGGUGAAGCUUUUGCUGGACCCGCUGUAUGAGAACCAGGAGAGUGGGCAUUAUCCGAAUGCAUACGCCAUACACGACCUGGGUGUAUUUCCUAACGCCCUGGGCUAUCCGGAAGGAAACGAUGAGCCAAUGCAGGUUGAGGAGAGCGGCAACAUGAUUAUCCUCACGCUGGCUUACUCGCAACGCUCCGGGGACUCUGCUUACCUCAACCAGCACUGGGAGAAGCUCAAUCAGUGGGCUGGCUACCUAGUCAAUGACUCUCUCAUCCCAGCAGAGCAGCUGUCGACGGAUGACUUUGCGGGCACCCUUGCCAAUCAGACAAACUUGGCUUUGAAAGGAAUCAUUGGCCUCAAGGCUAUGGGACAGGUCGCAAACCUCACCGGAAACGUCGUCACCUACGAUGCCACGGCUGAAGAAUACCUCCCUCAGUGGCAGAGCUUCGGCAUCAACUCUGACGCGUCUCCCCCUCAUACUGUUCUGACCUACAACGACCAGAGCUCCCACGGCCUACUCUACAACAUCUACGCAGACCGUCUGCUUGGCCUGAAUUUUGUCCCUCAGGAAAUCUACGAUAUGCAGUCUGCGUUCUACCCAACCCUGGCCACGGACUUUGGAGUUCCGCUCGACACCCGCCACAACUGGAUCAAGAGCGACUGGGAAUUGUGGGCGGCGGCGGUGGCCAGCGAUGACACAAAGAAGAUGUUCAUCGACAAGCAGGUCUUCUGGAUCAACAACACGCCUCAAACUUCCCCGUACGGUGACCUAAUAGACGGAGACACUGGCGGUUAUGCCCCUGCUCAGUUCAAGGCCAGACCUGUGGUCGGUGGAAUGUUUUCGUUGUUGGCUCUCCCCUCUUAG